AUGAAGCGGUUAACAAGAAUCGGCCUUGGAUUGCUGCUUUUUAGCACAAUUAUCUUCGCUCAAAAAGCCUUCAACGCUGAAGAAUGCGGUAAAACGAAAGGGUGUUACAUUCCUCAGCCUGGGCUAGCAUUCUCCUAUCAAGUCGUCUCCGACACCCACAUAGAGGUCGAGAUGAGCGCUGAUGUGGAGUCCACUAAUCAUUUCAUGGCAGUUGCUUUUGGGAGCGGUGCUCCUGAUACGCCCACUAUUGAAUGCUCUGCUGUGAAUGGCUUGCCACCGACUAUAAAUGCGCCUUCCGCAAAAGACUGGUUGAGUACAAGCACACAACGAGAAUUCUACUUUUCAAAUAUUACAACAUCGUUUAAUAAUGGUACACUUUACUGUCGUACCAAAGUGCUUGUCAAAGGACAUGAUGAUCCAAAUUUCCUCAGCUACGAUCCGUCCGCUCAGUACACAAUCACGAUCACGGAGGGACCAAUUGAGCAAGGCGAGAGAAUUGUGGAAAAAAGAUUUACAUCAAGUCCAUUAGCUCUGAAUGCCCCUGUACUGAACCCCCCACCAUCCAAGCAGUAUAGUCUAGAUGUCACAACAAGGCGAAGAUUGGUCAAAGCGCAUGCUAUUCUCAUGGUGCUUGCCUGGUUUUUCUUCAUUCCGACAGCGUUCCUAUUUGCUCGAUUCUUGAAAGCUGCCUUCAGAGGUGUAAAACCUUGUGGAGUUGCCCUGUGGUUUCAGGUCCAUCGGGUCAGCAAUCUUAUAGGAAUAGCAAUGAUGGUUGCGUCUUUUGUGUGCAUAUUGGUGUGCAAAGACUGGCGAUGGACUGGUCCAGGGUCAUCAAGUAAAUAUUGGACACAAAUCCAUACUCUGCUAGGCCUGAUCUCGUUGAUCUUAGCUUGGUUGCAACCCUUUGGUAGCUUGCUGAGAUGUGCGCCAGUCCAUCCUCUACGACGCAUGUUCAACUGGAGUCAUCGUCUUAUUGGAGUCGUGGCUUUUGCCCUCGCAACUGCUGCAACGGCAAUCACGGCGUUACAGUUCAAAAUCUGGCAACAACAUGAGCUACAACUUGUGCUAGUGCUUUCACCAUCAGUUAUACUCAUAACCCUGGUCGUUUUAUUCAUAUUCUUGAACAGCACAGUGGAUAGGCAUGACCAUGACAAGGGAAAUGGCGAUCCGUUGAAAUCCAUCCGACUGUCGCUGGUAUUCUUCGCCCUGGGACUGUUGUUGACAGUAUCUAUAUGGAUGACUGUACUUUUGGCCGAUGGUUACAAAAACGUGCCUUGAUGCAAGCCAGCCUUUAAGAAGUACCUGCAUUCUUUUCCACUUCUACUAUAUCUCAGUCUGUUGUGGUACCUGCAUGGUCACAUAAGUCAGAGUAGAGGACAAUAGGUUGUCAAAAAGGUCCACCCGCGCAAACAGCUAACACCAGCUGCUGUGGAGAGAACUGCG